AUGCCUCUAUUUCCUAUUUUAGCCGGGUAUUGUGAAGGGUUUGUAGCCAAGUAUCUUGGGAUUUGGUCUCAUUAUUUAAUAGGUCUCCAACUAUCCUCCAUGAUAUUUCAAGUGGAAUGUCUUGUGUUUUGUUUCGCAAUAAAACAUCAAAACAUCGGAAGAGUUAUCAGUUACAAUGUUGUAUCAGAUACCUAUUAUUACGGUGGAAUCGUAUUUUUCAUCUUCACUCCAAUUGGUGCAUUUGUAGUUUUUGUGCUAUCUGGAAUGAAAAGAGAAGACCAACUAGCUCAUAUCAAAUUGAAACACCCAGAAUACUAUGACGAGUUCUCGAAACUUCCCAACUUUUCUAUCUAUCAAUUCAAUUUUUGGAGUCUCAUUCUCGCUGGAAGUGCUUGUUGUGGAGCACUCGUUUGUGGAGCAGCAUUUACUAUUAUCACAAUGGAUAUAUUCAGAAUGUUGAAGACUUUGCAAAAGAAAGUGUCCGCGGCGAGUUUCAAGAAAUAUCAGUCGGCGGUGAAGAGUCUUUUGGUGCAAUUUGCGACGUCAGGGUUGUUGCUGGUACCGCUAUCCGGAUUUGUGUUAUUCACGUUAAUCAGUUUUGAUAAAGCACAAUUAUUCGUGGAAAUCACCCUUCUUACCGGUGCCCUCCACCCGAUAGUCAAUGCAAUCGUUCUUACUAUGACCACUUCUCAAUUCAGAGAAGUUGUAUUUGGGUUCAUUUUCGGAAAAGCUUCCGGUUCAGUGCUCCGAGUUUUUCCUUUCAAAUCACAGAAAAUGGAUUCACGUGAACAACAGAAAAGUGUUAAUAUCAUGCAUACAGAAAUUGGAAGUCGAACGAUGGUAUGA